AUGGAUAACUUGCUACAUUUGCCUAAUGCAAUUCCUUGUGUUUGCAGCAUGGAUACCCAGGUCAAGCUCGCAGUCGUGGUGAAGGUGAUGGGCCGCACCGGCUCCAGGGGUCAGGUGACCCAGGUCAGGGUGAAGUUCCUGGAUGACCAGAACCGUCUCAUCAUGAGGAACGUCAAGGGCCCUGUUCGUGAGGGCGACAUCCUCACCCUGCUCGAGUCUGAGCGGGAGGCCAGGAGGCUGCGCUGA